AUGAUGCUCCGGCGACCAAUAUCUCAAAGAUCAGUGUUGUUAUUGAUUUUUGUUUUCCUGAUCGGGCUUUUCAGUGGCGAAUAUAUCAGCAAUGGGUCUUCGUCUCGCUAUAAAUCGGUGCACGUGGAGAAAGUCGAUGCAUACUGCGACAAAUUCAAAUAUCCUAAUGACCUCGUGAUCGUCGUGAAGACGGGUGCGAAUGAAGUUUACGACAAAGUGCCGACCCAACUUUUAACGUCACUCAGCUGCUAUCGGGAUCUGCUCUUCUUUUCCGAUCUGGAGCAACAAUUUGGCGGCUAUCAUAUCCACGACGCCUUGGAAAAUGUCCCCAUGACAGUCCAAAGGGGAAAUGCGGAAUUCAACUAUUAUUACAAACUACGAUAUUUCAAAAACCAUGGUAAGGAUGUCGGUAAACUACGCGAAACGGACGGAACGGCAGCCUGGGAACUCGAUAAGUACAAGUUUCUUCACAUGAUGGAAGACGCGUGGAGAUUGCGGCCUGGUCGGAAGUGGUAUGUCUUCAUAGAGGCCGACACUUAUCUCGUUCAAGCCAAUUUGUUCCAUUGGCUCCGGCGUCUGAAUCCAGCCGAAUCACUGUACUUUGGAUCGCAUGCGUAUCACAAAGCACCAUUCGCACAUGGUGGAAGUGGAUUUUUACUUUCCGGGGUCGCACUGGCUAAAUUUGUCAAGGGCGAUCACGGAGUGAUCGACAUGUACGAUGAGACGAUGAAGAGCGAACCAUUUGGAGACUACGUGCUCUCACAAGCCUUGGUGGCGCAAGGUGUCAAUCUCACCAAUGCUGCACCCAUGCUGUCGGCGGAGAAGCCGACAACUCUUCCAUUUGGUCCAGGGCCAGCCGGGGCGGAUAGCCACUGGUGCCGACCUAUUGUGACCAUGCACCACAUCACUCCUCAAGAAGCAUCCUCACUAUGGCAGUUGGAGCAACAGAGAAAAGACCCCACCGCCCCGCUCCUCUACCAAGAUCUAUAUACAUCAAUGAUCAAGCCCGACAUCCCAGCAUCGCGAGACGACUGGGACAACCUAUCCGAGCACUCAUACGUGCGCCCUCCGGGGACGCCCGGCGACCGCCAGAAGCCGCUGGAGGGCAUGUCGCCCAUCCAGCAAGAAGCGCACCUCUCGUUCGAGAAAUGCGGCCGCGCGUGCGAGGAGGACGAGCGAUGCUUCCAGUACACGUUCUCGAACCACUCGUGUGGCUUCUCCUGGUUUUUCCGAAUGGGCAACAGCCGGCGGCCCGAGGAUGGGGUUUCUUUCCAGUCGGGCUGGAAUCUAGAGAAGAUCGCCAAGUAUCAGGCCGAGCAUGUCUGUACGGCUGCGUCGGCUAGGUGGGUGGAUGCACCGAGCAAGCGGUAG